UCCAAUCAGAAUACAAAACUGCCUCUCGUAGGCGGGAUCAAGGGAAGACUCUUACAAGCACACGCAGUCACAGGAAGGAGAUCGAAAUGGCGGCGCCAGCAGAGAGGAUGGAGGUUACUCAGGGGGAGAGCUCAGCCAAGCCUGCAGCUGAGGAUAUGACGUCAAAGGACUACUACUUUGACUCAUACGCCCACUUUGGCAUCCACGAGGAGAUGCUGAAGGACGAGGUCCGCACACUGACGUACCGCAAUUCCAUGUUCCACAACAAGCACCUGUUUAAGGACAAGGUGGUGCUGGACGUGGGCAGUGGGACAGGCAUCCUCUGCAUGUUUGCUGCCAAAGCAGGAGCCAAGAAGGUUAUAGGGAUAGAGUGCAGUAGCAUCUCAGACUACGCUGUGAAAAUUGUCAAAGCCAACAAGCUGGAUGAUGUUGUGACCAUCAUCAAGGGAAAGGUGGAGGAGGUGGAGCUGCCUGUUGAUGGAGUAGACAUCAUCAUAUCAGAGUGGAUGGGCUACUGCCUCUUCUAUGAGUCCAUGCUCAACACAGUCAUCUAUGCCAGGGACAAAUGGCUGAAGCCGGAUGGACUCAUUUUCCCAGACAGGGCAACGCUUUAUGUCACUGCCAUCGAAGACAGGCAGUAUAAGGACUACAAAAUCCACUGGUGGGAGAACGUGUAUGGUUUUGAUAUGUCGUGCAUCAAGGAGGUGGCAAUUAAGGAACCCCUGGUUGAUGUUGUGGACCCCAAGCAGCUGGUCAGCAGUGCCUGUCUCAUUAAGGAGGUGGACAUCUACACAGUGAAGUUGGAGGACCUGAGCUUCACCUCACCAUUCUGCCUGCAGGUGAAAAGGAAUGACUACAUCCAUGCUCUGGUCACUUACUUCAACAUCGAGUUCACUCGCUGUCACAAGAGGACCGGCUUCUCCACCAGCCCAGAGUCUCCCUACACUCACUGGAAGCAGACCGUGUUCUACUUGGAUGAUUACCUGACCGUCAAGACUGGCGAGGAGAUCUUUGGCACCAUCAGCAUGAAGCCAAACGUUAAAAACAAUAGAGACCUGGACUUCACUGUAGACAUCGACUUCAAGGGUCAGCUAUGUGAGAUGUCUAAGACGUCAGAGUACAGGAUGCGUUAGAAGGUUCUUCUUUCUCUCUCCCCGUCUUAGUUUGUCUUUAGUAGAGGACAGAUUAUACUGUAUAACUGGGAGUCUGUACAAUAGUUUGAUGCUCCCACAGCAACAUUUUAAGACUUUCUUCUUUUUUUUUGUCAUUUUCUUGUUCCAACAUUAACAGUAUUUAAAAGUUUUUCACAUCCUUGGGGUCAAAGUGCAUUGGCGUGGUGAUUUAUUGUGCAGUAGACACUUAAACCGUGUGUUUGACAUGUACCUGGUAUUUGCGUCCAACAUCCUGGGGUUUACUAUCGGAUUCUUGUCCUUUUGCAUGUGCGACAUCCUAAAAGACAUCAUCACAUCGGCCCUGCUGACAUGUCUGCAUAGUAUUACUGUUCAGUCAUUUGCCCCUCUGUAUGGUCAUUACAUGACCAGCCACCGGUGUCCUUUUUGAUUGUGUUUAAGCUGUAGGUAUGUGGGUCUUUUGGAUUUCUGUAUACUCAAACAAACACUGCGUCCUCCACGUAUGUAUCACUUAAUAGAAACCACAUGUAACUGCUGUCCACCAAACACACCAUGUUCAGACCAAAAGUAGCCUUGUCUUUUUAAAACUGGCUCUGUGUUGGUGUGAAUGUGGCGCUCCAGGUUCAUGCGAGAAGACAAAUUACAACACAGCAGGUUCUUGUCUGUGAAGUUGUAACAGCAGCAUCUCUGUGCUCUGUACAGUAGAACUGAUAAAAUAAUGCUCAGCACACACUCUACCGUCUCCAUCUGUGCUUGCAUGCAUUAAAUUAUCCAGCAUGGUGUCACUGAAUAACAAACAGUUCUGCAGCAAUAGCUAAUUCUGAAUGUUUCCUUCAUUGUUGGCACCCCCACUGUUCCCUUAAUGAGUGCUCCUCAGCAGGUGCCUAGUUUAUCCAUAUACAGGCAGUAGGAGCUAGAGAUAAAAUAAUAAAUCCCCUGACUCAACAACAUUUUUGAUUUGCAAUAAAUAUUCAAAUAAACUGUAAGAAGCUGUGUUCAAAGUAAAAAUAAUUGGCCUAAAGGCCCCCCACAGUGAAGCCAUGGUUGUCUGCAUAUUCAGAAGUAAUGGUUAUUGCAUUCCACCCUCCAUUUCCUUUGAAGAACGGUGUGCGUUGAGUAGAUGUCGCCCUUUUUCAGUUUGAACACCUUGCUUAAUAAAACCUGAUUAAAGUUAGUACAUAGGGUGGGAGUGUUCUGGGGUGGUUAGCUUGCAGCAUUUGUGAUGCAGCAGCUCCAGUCAGACACUUUGGAGGAAACCUCUUGAAAUGUUAAUUACUGUUGGCAUUGAAGGAAGAGAUGACUGCCUCCUCCACAGCUCUGUCAGGUGUGUCUUGUACAGAGUGUGAAGCUGCUUGUGUCCAUCUGAACAGUAGUAAACAUGUUUGCACUCUGCAGAGACCGCUCUGACUCACCACACAGUUUUUUUCUCUUUUGUAUUGUUUUUGUUGUUGGCUGUUUGUUUUUUUUAAAAAAAAAAAAACUUAAAUAAAACACGUUAACAGAAA